AUGGCUCUUGCCAGCCGCGAUACCGUGUGUGGUUCUUGUGGGAAGCUUGUUCCUCUUGCUGAUACACGCCGGUUUCUGGAUGGUGACCCCUUGCUACGACCGGUGGAAGGUUUCCUCGAUACCUGCGGUCGUACCGAAGGUCUUUGGUGUCUCUGUUCGUCCUGUCAUUCCGCCUUACUUCGAGGAUCUGUUCCGAAAUUCUCCGCCAAGAACCUAGUAAAUGUAACUCUCUGCCAGCACUAUCCUGACGCCCUCAAAGAUCUUUCUCUGACCGAAGAAUAUCUCAUCGCCAAGUCCCACCCUGUUGGCGUGGUGCUUAAGCUACGACCAGGUGGCCAAACGUCGCCAGCAAACUACCGGGCACUUCGCGGCCAUUUCAUUAUUAUACCCCAGGAUCCGAAGCCACUCCUUCAAAUACUACCAAGCCCAGAUCUACAGUUUGCGGAGCUAAUCAAAGUCUUCUGGCUGGGGAACCGGCCUCCAUCCACUGAUGAUCUACAGCCAUUUUUGCUUGUUCGCAAGCAUAAGGUACUUGCUGCUUUGCAAUAUCUUGUACGGUACAAUCCUUUGUACCAAGACGUGACUAUUAAUCAUUCAGCCGUAGACGAAUGGCCCGAUGAUUUCGUCCCCUCCGACCUGCAACAGGAGAUGGUAUAUUUGGGCGAAUCAGACCAUCAUGAACGAGCGGGGUACACUGUCAAUUUACAAGAGCACAACUAUGAAAACGAUUGGCAAGCCGCUGAAGAUCACCCGGAUCACCCUGCUGGGGAUUCUCUUCCUGUAACUGGUUCUGUACUCACGGACAUCAACGGAGAACGCCAGAACCCUGAUAUUCGUCUACUCAACACGGUACACCCUCUUGUCAAUGACCGACCGCCCGAAGUCCAAUCUCACCAUCCUUCUGCUGGUCAUGCUGACCAUACACAUCAAUUUUCUAGCUCUCGGGAUCCGCCUGUUAUUAGAUUUGCCAUACACGGCCAGGCCUCUCUUCUGAAUCAAUGGCAAGAUCCUCAUUAUUUCACAUCUGCUUUCCCAACGCUAUUCCCGGCCGGUGUUGGAGGCCACCUAGACCAUCGUGCUAUACCUGUAUCAAUUGCCGCCCUUGCUGACUGGGCACUACGCCAUCAUACUCGAAGAUUUUCACGCCACCGAACGUUUAUGUACCUGCUUUACGACGUUAUUCAGCUUCGAAAUUCAUGCUUGGGUAACACGCUGCUCAUCAAACGAUCUCAAUGGACUUCUGUAACCCAGGAUUUGGGCUCGCUUAAUGUUGAUCGUCUGCGAAAGGCGACUGAAGAACUUGCCGCGAAUCAUGUCACAACCGACCCCCUAGUCCGGCGACUCCUCAAAAAUAUAACUGCCAUUGGCGUGCAGUUGCGAGCCGAGAUUCGAGGUCUUCUCGUUCGAGAAGGGAUGCCUGCAUUCUGGUUGACGAUCAACCCGUCUGACCUCCAGAAUCCACUGGUUCUUGUUCUUGCUGGUGUUCAUCUUCCUACUCACUCCUCUACCAAUUUAACAUCAACUCUUCGAUAUGCGACAGCAACAUCAGACCCUGUGGCUGUUGCCAGAUUCUUCUAUUAUACCUGCAAAGCGGUUCUUGACGGUCUCCUUGGUAGCAAGCCUGGUGAAUUUGGAAUUCUUGGGGACGUAUCUAAUUAUUUUGGCGUUGUCGAAAGUAAUGGGAGAGGCAUGCUCUACCUUCACGCUUUAGUCUGGAUUCAGGGUAAUCUUGGAUUCAUGCAACUGCGUGAUCGUAUCCUUGCAGAUGGACAUUUCGCAAAUCGAAUGAUCCAAUUCUUGGAAGCGGUCAUUAUGCAUGGUUUACAUGAUGCUGAUAUUGACAAUGCUGGAAGUUCCGCCUCGCGCGUGCCUCCUUCAUUACAAGGCUCGGAGACGGACACUGAAUUUACUCGCAACCUUUUCCAGGAUGGCAAUUGUGUUGCUCAUACCAAGCAACUUCACUCUAAGCGUCACACAUCAACCUGUUUCAAAUACCGUCACCAAGCAUUAGGCGAUCGUAUUUGCCGUUUUGGUAUGCCUCGUGAUCUUCAGGAUAAAUCGAGAGUAGACGAGAACGGCAUCAUUCACCUUGCCAGGAACCACGCAUGGGUCAAUCCGUGGAAUCCAGCUCUCGCCAGCUGUAUCCGUUCUAACCAUGAUAUCUCCUGGAUUCCGACUGUGUCAAAGUCUCUGUCCCUCUUAUAUUAUAUCACCAAUUACGCUACUAAAGACGACGUUACACCAUGGCAGAUGGUAGCGAAGGCCGCUUUGUUGAAACAAAUGAUCGAUCGUGCCAUGUCUACCCCCGCUCCUAGUUCCGUAGAUUUACACCUUCGACAAAGAGGGAUGGACAACUUUGCUCUCCGCUGCUUUAAUAGCUUGUCACAAGACCGAGAAAUUAGUGGAGUCCAGGUUGCGAGUUCCUUACUCCAACUUCCGUCCUACUACACACUCAACUAUAAUUUCACACGCCUCAAUCUCUGGUGGCUCAGGCGGUACGUUCGGUCGGUCAUCUAUCCAGAACAAUCCCUAAAUGCUUCGCCAUCAGACGCGAUUGGAGAUGAACCGUGCAACUACGACCAUGGCUCAGCUGCGCCAGCAAAUGUUUUCGAUAAUUAUAAGUUGCGCGGCAGUCUCUUGUCCUCUCUAUCCAUCUUCGAAUACUGUAUGUUAGUGCGCACCAAAAGACUGAAAGAUGCAACCACGGAUGACGUACCCUUCGCCGAGGAACAUCCAAGACACCUUACUCAUAUACAGCGGCUGGCUCAAUCUCCCUCUCAGACAGCUACGGUGACUUUCCAAGGCGAACUGACGGAAUUCCAGUCCGUGGAGGAUUCCGUUCCUGGAGGACACCCCACAACAACUGCGAUUCAAAAUGACCUCGCUGAGAUCCUACUAGGGCUUUUCGUCCCAUGGGAGAACCUAGCCUUAGCCAUUCGUCAAACACAUACUGCCACCGAAACCGCACAUGAUAAUCUUCAUCACGUCUGGACCACUAUUGAACCAACGCUACCAGCAUAUAUCCGCUCCUUCGCACAGAAUAUUGAGCUCUUACGAAAAUCAAAGAGCGACUGCCAAGCUGACGCUGUGUUCCGAAAACGUGCUGCCCUACAUACCUCCCCGAUUGACCAUGACCUAUCCAAUCCUCCCUAUCCCGCUUCUGACUCGGACGAUGAGACUCCACAUCUUCCACAAAUAUUGAACGAUACUCUGAGCAAAGAGACUCUCCUAGCAGCAUUUUUUUCCAUAAGCCGACGUUGGGCUCAUGAGGCAUAUGAUGCCCAACGCCAUAUCACAACUCUCGCCUUAACUUCUUUCACCCCUUUAUCUCUUCAACCGCAAAACCUCCGACCGGUCCAUAUUUCCAACAACAUGCUGUACGAAUCGUCCGGCCUCAGAUUCGUUCCGCCUCCCACCUUGCAAGAAUGGAAAACACGUCUUAAAAAUAUCACCAUGCUCACAGAUCCAAAUAUUUCUGCCAACGUGUCAAACCCCGCGAUCUCUGACCUUGAUGACUUUAACCUCGACAUCAUCGAUGAUAUUUUAGUUCCUAUGCUAACUUACUCAGAUCCGCUCCCUGACCUGCUAGACCGACGCUCUCGAGUAGGGCAGAACCCCACAGGCGCUUCUCUAACCUUCCUCGUGCGCGAAACUAUCCCCCUGAAUGAGAAACAGCGUAUCAUCGUGGAGAAAGUUCUGUCCGACGUGCUCAUCUGCGCUAGCCAUCCGUAUGAUCAUUCCCAACGUAAUCAAACUCUCCUCUAUAUAGGAGGCGAAGGUGGUGUUGGCAAAAGCCAGAUUGUCAAAGCGAUUGACGCUGGAAUGGAUCUGAUCCACCGCAAAGAUGAAGUAAUCCUAAUGCCACCAACAGGGGCAGCCGCCGAUGUUAUCGGAGGAAGCACCUAUCACAUAUCUCUUGGUAUUUCUCUGAAUCGGUAUCGACGAACCGGAGUGGGAGCGAGGGUUCGCAGGCUGUGGGCUCGGAAAACAAUUAUGAUCAUAGACGAGGCGAGUAUGAUUGAUCUUUCUGCGCUAAGCAUCAUUAAUACGCGUUGUAAGAUCGCCCGAUCUCUUGACAGAUCCUCGACCGACCUCUUCGGUGGCUUGCCUGUAGUGAUUCUCAUGGGGGAUUUCCACCAAUUUCCUCCGGUCCAAGGCCAGCCCUUAUGGAAACUUCCUAGAAACGAAACUGAGCAGGACGGAAAACUUAUCUGGAGCCAAUUCAAGCAAGUCAUCAUCCUCCAUGAGCAGAUGCGACAAGCAGAGGACUUACCUUAUCGAAAUCUGCUUACUCGAGCGAGAACUGGCACACUUACCUACGACGAUAUGUCGACCUUAAACUCUAAAGCCCUCACGUCACUUGCCGAUCCUUAUCUGCAAGACGCAACAAUUGUUGCCAAGCUGAAUGCACUUCGACACGUCAUAAAUCGUUUCCAGGUAGAACGCUUUGCUCGGGCGAGGCAACAAAAAGUCAUAAUUUUCCCCGCCCUCCAUACUCGCACACGAUCCUCCGACACGGCCGACCUACAGCUUCGCGCAGAUGACCUCCUCGGUCUUCCAGAACAAGGCUCAAGAGUUCCUUGCCCGGGGCUGAUUCUCUACACCCUUUCCAUGCCGACCAUGGUUUUGACAAACACAUGCACACCGGCAGGAUUAGUCAACGGAGCGAUUGGGGAGGCGCUGUCUAACACCCUCCACACGCGGCUAGCCGACUUCCACGAACUCGACGAUCUAUAUAUUUUCUGCACCAAACCCCCCUUCUGUCUUCUCUUCAAGCCAAGUCGCUCUAAAUCUGUUCCCUUGGCUUCACUGGAUGAGGACAUCUUACCUAUCUUUCCUUUUGAGGCGUCUAUAACAGUAAAAGGAUAUUCGGUCCGCCGGAAGCAGAUUCCAAUAUGUCCAGCCUUUUGCCUUACCGACUACAAGAUCCAAGGCGCCACACUCCCUUCGGCCGUUUUGGAUCUGAACAAUGGCAAUGGAAAUCGUCGGCAGGACUCGCAUCGGAAGUAUUGCUCCACAUACGUACAACUGUCACGCCUCCGAUCAUUUGCAGGUCUCCAUCUUCUACAGCCUGUCAACAUGAACGAUCUCAGACAUAGCCCCGAUCCCCAGUUACUGGAUGAGAUGCGACGGCUACGGGCACUGGAGCUUGAAACUCUCCAUACGUGGCAAAACAUCAACUCUGCAUAG